AUGGCAGCCCACCGAAACCUGGCCUCGAAGAUCUUCUGUAUAUGCUGCAAAUGCUGUGAGGAACCCAAUGCCACAGAUGACUCCAAGAUCCCCAGUCAAACCCAGGAGCUUCAGCCAUCAAAGCAUGGUCUGCAGAAGGAUGAGCUUGACGGACAAAAUCUCAAGCAAGAUAAUGAAGCGUCCCAUGUGAUUUGGGGAAACUCCCUGCUCCAUCCAGAAAAGAGAACAUCCUAUUUCAGCAGCAGUGAGUUUGAGGAUGUGAAUUCACAUGUUUCCAAAAGAGGAUUUCACAAGAGAAAUCUAAGCCGCUACUCCCAGGAUCGCUGGCCGUAACAGCCAUGCCUCAUUGGGAGACCCUGA